UAAUGAGGUAAGCUACACAGCGAGACGCCAGUGUGUUUCUUUUCCUCCCUACACUAUCGAAGACCUCAGCUUGACCACCCUCUCUCUCCUAUGGCCACCGCCGAACCACUCCAGAAUGGCACCGCCGAACCACUCCUGCCGGACAAUGUCUCCGCCGCACAACCGCCCACCGAGACGGAAUCCAACGCCGCCGCCGCGGCUUCCACUCCGCCGGAGAAGAGGUGGCCGGGGUGGCCUGGUGACUGCGUGUUCCGGCUCAUCGUGCCGGUGGGGAAAGUUGGAAGCAUCAUUGGGCGCAAGGGAGAACUGAUAAAGAAGAUGUGCGAAGAAACUCGAUCUCGCAUUCGCGUUCUCGACGCUCCUCUCGGCACUCCUGAUCGAAUUGUACUUGUGUCCGGGAAGGAAGAGCCAGAGGCAGCCCUUUCCCCGGCAAUGGAUGCUGUAGUAAGGAUAUUCAAGCGUGUCUCUGGAUUAUCUGAAACUGAUGCUGAGAAUAAAGAAUCGGCUGCUGGUCUUGCAUUUUGUUCCAUCCGUUUAUUGGUGGCAUCGACACAAGCUAUCAAUUUAAUUGGAAAGCAAGGCUCGUUAAUCAAAUCUAUUCAGGAGAAUACCAGUGCUUCAGUUAGAGUGUUGUCAGGAGAUGAGGUUCAAUCUUAUGCUACCGUGGAUGAGAGGAUUGUGGAAAUUCAGGGAGAAGCCUUGAAGGUCCUUAAAGCUCUUGAAGCAGUAGUUGGCCAUCUGAGGAAAUUUUUGGUUGAUCAUAGCGUUCUUCCCCUAUUUGAGAAAACUUACAAUGCCUCUACCUCACAAGAUCGUCAAGCAGAGACCUGGUCUGACAAGUCAUUGCUGCAUACUACUUCACGCACUAGCAUAUUUGCCGAUAUUCCAUAUUCAACAAAAAGAGAUUCUGUCUUAGCUGACCGUGAGAGUCAAUUGGACUCGUUUCUCCCUUCCUCCACUAUGUCUCUCUAUGGGCAGGAUUCUUCACUUUCAGGUGUUCGUUCUUCAGCUCUUGGCCGUGUUGGUGCUCCUAUUGUUACUACGGUAAUACAAACAAUGCAAAUACCACUGUCUUAUGCGGAAGACAUCAUUGGUAUUCAAGGGACUAAUAUUGAAUACAUUCGUCGCACUAGUGGAGCCAUAUUGACUGUGCAGGAGAGCAGGGUUCCUGAUGAAAUCGUUGUAGAAAUAAAAGGCACCUCAUCCGAGGUUCAAACAGCACAACAGUUGAUUCAGGAUGUUAUAAGCAGUCACAAAGAACCUAUCACUAGCAGUUAUGGCAGGCUAGAUGCAGGUCCAAGGUCUUCAUACUCUCAGUUGGGCACUACAUCGCGCCUCCCCCCAUCUUCAUUGUCCUCACAACCAUACACAGGUUAUGGAGCUUCUGGUUUAGGAGACUACAGUACUUUCAGGCUUUAAAUUGGUUCCCCUGUAUUCAGGGGUACUCCAUUUGGACUAGUUUCUUUCUAAUUGGGUCUGAUUGGAGAGGAUUAACGCUUGAAUAUAUCAUGAAGCCUCAGAGAAGCUUGUUUUCAUGUAUUUGAUAUCAUCUUGUAUCGUGGGUAAAAUUUUAGAGGUGGCCAGUAGUUGAGAAUUUUUAUAGAAAAUGUAAUGAAAUAUUAAUUAGUCAUUUUGAUGAUGUUUGCUUUUUAAGUGCGCCUCUGAAGCAGGUUGCAAUACCAAACUGUAUUAAUUGUUAGAUACUUUAAAAGGUUAAAAUUUCAUUAAUUAAUUUUGUUAA